GACCCUCGAGCUAAAAGCAUCGGUCCCUGGUCGGUGCAACGGCCGCGGCUGAAGGGAUUCGCGGACGUGGACGAGGCGCGCCACGUCGUGAAACGUGAGAACCUCCCGUAUUCUCUCAGUCCCCGCCGGAGAGACUGAGCCCGACGCCGAGCUCGUGACCAAAUUCGUGCGCGUCGCCGGCACGGCACGGCACGCCACGGCGCGGCGCCUCCUCGCCGAGGAGAGGCCGGAAGCGUGAAGAAACACGCGCGAAUCGGUGAACGAUCGCGGUGAACACUCGGCCCCCCCCCCCCCUCCCCGUGCGUCCCGGCCGCAGUUGUGUCCGCGCCUCGAACGCUUCUUUCGCCGCGACGACCCGCAAUUACGGUUCCUCAGCCGCUCGCCCCUCCCCCCCCCCCCGACUAUGCCCGUCUCGGUGUGAUGUACGUGUGACAGAGAGGAGAAGAUAGAGAGGGAGAAGGAGAGAAAGAGAGAGGCGUCCGCCAGUACUCUCGCUCGUCCCGCCACCCCGUAUCGCGAGAUAGCCCGGAGAGAGAGCUAGCCGAGGAGAGAGGCUUGUGCAGACGGAGAGUGGCUCAAGAGACUGCCCAAGGUGUGACGUAUCGCCGGAAAGAUGUUCCGAGACACGUGGCACCGAUGGUCGGUGCUCUUGCUGCUCCUGCUGGCCACGCGUUACCUCUCCGUCCAUGGCCAGUGCGGCUCGUACGCCCAGGACCGGCAGGAGAAGCAGGACAAGCAGGACAAACUGGCACUCUACAAGGUUACCUUGAGGACCUACUGGUCGAGGGCGCGAUUCCCGCGGCAUUACCCGGAGUGGAAGCCCCCGGCGCAGUUCGGCAAGCUGAUCGGUCGAACGCACGACUCGACUUACACCCUGUAUAGAUUGGGCGAGAGGCUGUCCACCGGCGCCAGACUGUACGUGGAGACCGGCAGAGCCGACGGACUCGACACCGACGGCGACUCGCCCAACAGCCUGCACUCUUUCACGGGCCCACCGAUUCCUCAGGGCGAGGGCACGAGCGUCACCCGGGCCUUUUUGGACGGCAAUCACACCCUGAUAAGCAUUAUGGCGCGCAUCAAUCCCAGCCCCGAUUGGUUCGUAGGCGUGGAUUCCUUCCAACUGUGCGUCGAGGGCAAUUGGGUCGAUACCGUUACCGUGGAGCUCGACCCGCUGGAUGGGGGCACGGAUAACGGCUUCACAUUCACGGCUGCCAACUGGCCGACGCAGCCCCAAGGAAUCGCUUACAGGAUCACAUCCCGAUAUCCGGCACAUCCCGCGGGAAGCUUCUAUUAUCCGAAUCUACCUCGUCUGCCGCCGAUAGCCACCCUCACAUUCACCAAGCUGCGCGAGUACACCCUGACCGAAUCGUAUCAUGAAGACGACGUCGAAGUGGAAUUCGUCAGCAACGACAAUCUGCAAGCGAACAGCGAGGCUCCCAGAGGAAUCGAUCCGAACAGAGACCUAAACGAGGCCAUAGCCGAGGAACGGAGGGAAAUGGACACCCAGAGAUACAGAUAUUGGAGCACGACCGGAAGCGGUCAGCAAUACGUGACGGACGUACCGCGAGACAACAAGGCGGCGAUCAUCAACAGCAUCGCCUCGUCGUACGCGCUGCAGAGGCCGAGGUUCACCGUGACCCCGGUGCCACGUAAUACGAAGGUCACCGACGGCAAAACGCGAUACAGCGACGGAAAGUCCGACUGGCCAUAUUACCAGACGUACAGGCAAACGGUGGAAGCGCAGAAGGCGCAAAUCUUCGAGGACAUCCAGAGGAAGAUGGCCGCCAACGCGUCGAGCGUGUCGAGCAUGGGCUAUCCAUUCGUGAACGCGACCAACUUGGCAGAUCAACGCCAGCACCGACUCAGGAUGAAACAUCACGGGCUGGCGUCCAAGGGCAAGCGAGUUAGAACACGUGCACCCAGAGAUUGCAAGGUCGGCGAGUGGGGUCCGUGGAGCGCGUGCAGUCGUAGCUGCGGAGUAGGCGAGACUCAGAGGACGCGGAAGGUCACGACAAAGCCGCGUCGAGGCGGCGCAUCCUGUCCGCCGCUGAAGGAGACCAAGUGGUGCGGCAGCGUGAACCCGUGCUCGGAGAGCAAACCGAUCAUAGACUACCAUUGGUAGUCGUCAUCCACGUCGGUCCCCUUCCACGAACACGUGUACCAAAGUGACUCGCUCGCGGCGGGCGAAGGGUCGAGCGAGCAGAUGGUAAUUUUCGACGAGGACGAGGCGAGCGAGGAGCGCGGUCGCGACCGCGACCGGAGGAUGCGCGUCGCGAUGAGGGUGAUUCACGGCGGCAGGGGGGUGGGUGCCCACGAGUGCUUACGAGAAAAUAACGCGAAUAUCUUUUGUAUCGAGAGUCGUGGCAUCGCGCGAUGAUCGAGAAAUUAUUCGUAUUCACGAAGGUGGAUUGUGUGCGCGAAGCCCGUUUUGGACGAGCCGCGAAUCGCGAGAGACCUAUCUAAUUUUAUGCGCCAAAUUGUCACUGAAGUGUAAAACAUUGUUACGAAUGAGAAACAAACUCGCGUCACGCUAAAAUGCAGGCAAGUGAAAAUUUUAUGCGACAGCGCGCGCGAUUGCAUAGAAAUUUCUACAAUAAUGUUCUUAUUUGCAGACUCCGUGGUUUAUUAUAAAUAAUAUUGGUACAUCCGCAUACGAUUCAAUAAGAAUACGUUACGGAUGGAAAUUUAAAACUUGUGUUCUGCGAGCGAGCAUGUUAUUUAUUUUCUGCUGCGGGACGAUCUGACGAACACGUGUGCACGUGUGAUUAAGUGUGAGAAAAUUGAUAUAAUUAGGAUUCCCGAUGUGAAUUCUAUCGUCGAUCAUGCAUCGUCUAAAGCGAGCUUCAAGAAGCAUUUCGCGUAGCUUGACAGUAUAUAUUACUGAAAACUCGAUAAAAAAUAUCGCGAAUUUUUAAGGUAAAAAGAUUGAUAAUUAUCGCAUCGACCAUUGGCACAGAGACGGCGAGAUGCGUUUUCGCAAACACAGUUAUCACGAUAAUCGUGCGCGGGUAAUGUACCGAGAUAACAAAUAAACCCGCGUUAUAAUUGAGUCUCGCUAAAUAGCGGCUGCGUUGAAAGAUGAGGCUGAAAAGAGCCGCGCAUUCAAACACGCAAUACUGUAAUAUUUGCAAUCGCAUCUGAUAUUCGCAACCACCGCGUAAUUUCGCGACGAACGAUCACGGCGAAACAUUAUCAUUCGGCGACUUUAUCCUACUCGUUUAUAUUCAUCGUCGUUUGAUGUCGCGCGCUCACAGCGCGCGGUACACACACACGCGCGCAUACGCGUGCGCAGCUCGCUUCAGACUGCGAGCGUUGAAAACACAAAGAUUGCCAAAGAGAAAUCCAAAUAGCUGCCACGCAUCGUAUCGUGUUUCCACGCGUAUGACUAAAAUGCGUUUGAGGCUCAAUUUUCACUCGUCCGAACGUUUGGGUGCUCGGCUCGGUUUCGAUUUUUUUUUCACUUUUUUGUUUUCGAAGUAAUUGAACAAUCGACGCUUGUUUGUUGAAUUUGUUGUUGCCAAAAUCACCAUAAAGGAAAAAAAAAAGGAAGGAGAGAGGGGAGAAAAAGAGAGAAGCACGCACAGAUAUAUCCAUUUGAAGUAUGUCUCGCGCUGUAAUGCGAAUUGGGUAAAUGUAAAAAAUCGUGUGAGUUUUCUGUUUAAACUCACUCGGGAAGAAAAAUGACUCGACCGCAAAUUCACGUGGUGAUUCGCACUAAGCCGGAUAAAAAUAAGUAUCUAAUCACAUCGAGACGCGUGCACUCGCGCGCAAGCAAUUGCCAAAGAGAUUCGGAUUAAUUUCUACACCUCAGUUCGAUAAAUCGUUACCUGAAAUUAAAUUAAUCCUCGACUUUUGCUCGCGUCAAAAGAGAGUUUAACGAUCGCCGGGACGAGGUAAUAACACACCUCGGCACACCUCUGCACGCGAUCGAAAGAAGAAAUGAACCUUCGUAUAAUUGGAAAAUUGGUCCGACUUUCCGGAAGAAAAACGUUAGGUGUAAUUAAGCUGACAGUUUAAUCGCCGGUACAAAUGACGGACCGCGGUGUGACCGGCGAGCUGCGCGGUCAGGUGUGAGAGAAUUCCUCGACGAAACUCAACCGCAUCGCGUGCAACAUCGAAGUCUGGCCGAGAUUAAGCCGGCAUUCCCGAACAUACGUUACUUAAAGCGAAGUUUUUAUCGGAUCGCUAUUUCCCACCGUGAAACGGAAACGACCGCGAAGGCGCGAGAGUCGCAAUAGCGUAUAUAAGGGAAUCCCGUAACGUCGGAGUCUCGUGAAACGCGCGCGCGUUGAUAAACUUUCUUCGCUUUUAUUAACAUUAUUUUAUUAGCCUCGUACUCUCUGAUUACCGCCGAUGAUUGACACUGUCAAUCCUUAAUUGUAUGUAUCGUCGUUGAUGAUGUAAACCUUAGAGAUAGUACCGACGAAAUUUCGAGCAAAGUCCCUCCAAAAAGUAUAAAUCAUUAAGGAAGUCAACGAAGUUGCAAUUAGCAUCUUGAUGUGAUUCCAAUUCGGAAAUUUAUAUAUUUUUUUAAUAUACUUUCGGCUUUUUAUAAUCUCCACCUCGACACUGCGAGAAGGGCAAGGUCCGGAACUUUCUCUCUAUUUCUCUGUCGCUCUCGUUUCUUUUUUUCUUUUUUUUUAGUGUGUAGUACUGUUCCUAAAAAAUAACACACUCAACAAGAUUUGAAGCGUCAUGCGUCAAUGGUCGGAACACUCCCCGCGCGGAAAACGUAAGUUCGGCGCAUCGUGUACCGGACGUAUCGGAUAAACGUCAGGACAAUUUGCAACGCGAGACGCUCGCUCACAUAGAAUUUUGGACAAGAUCCCGCGUGCGUGUUUUUGCAUAGCGUCUCCUCGCUCGACAACGCCGAAGGAUACCAGAGAAUAGAGAAGGAACCUAUAAAGCGGGUUUCGCAAACGUUUUUCCUCCACUGUCACCGAGAGGACUGCGUCUCUCUUUCUCUGUCCCCCCUCCCCCCCUCUCACUCUCUCUCUCUCUCUCUCUCUCUCUCUAUUUCUUUUUUUCUCGCUCCCAUUUUUUUCUUUCACUCUUUCACUCUAUCUCUUUGACUAUCAUCUUCGCUCUUUCUCUUUCUCUCUCGUGGCGUGGUAGGGAAAUUUUUACAAAAAUAUCAUCAGGUACGUCUUAGGUGAGUGUAUUAUAUCUUAGGCAUAAAUUUAACGAUAAUAAUUAACAACUAACGUCUAAUUGUAACUCGUUAAUUACUAGGCUCGUAUUGUCGCGACCGCGACGCGGAGUUCCGCGUUGUUCUCGGUCGGGAAGCGCGAAAGUCGACUUGCAGGUGUUUGCGGGCGGAAUAAAACGGACGAAAGUAUCUCGAAAGGGGAUGAAAAUUUGAAGGUGCAACGCUGAAUUCCGUAUGCGACGCAUGUUGACGCACGGCUUGUCCUUCACGUAUAGCGUCUACGUACAACCGCUAUUCUUACUGAACGCUUGACGCUGAAUACGGCUGACGCGAUCGUGACAUUUAGUUAGAUGACGAUUAAUUAAAGUAAAUUAAAUCAAAUUAAAUUAAAUUAAAUUAAAUUAAAUUUUAAAUUAAAUGAUUAAAUUACCGUAGGUCAGAAAAGUAGUGAUCAUUUCUCUAGUAUAAAGGAAUAGCGAAUGCGUGCGUAUGCGAACGUGAGCAGCAUUCGGCCGAUACAUACGUAAUAUGUACGUGCGCCACGACGAUUACACAGCCGCGUUCAGAGCUAAACGCGCGGUGAGAAUGGCGGGCCGCAGCCGCGUAGCUGAAGUAUUACACAAUUUUUAUCCUCGAAACGUAAAGUUUUUAUCUUCGAAAUGAAAGGGAUUGAUUUACGAUAUCAGUGGCCGGAUAUGAAAGACGCGAGAGAGCAUCGUAUUCGGUUAGCCGUGCGCGCUGUCGUAAUAAAAUAUCGUUGAAAUUUUGAAAAUCGAUUUCGCGCGUGAUAUAAUAGUAAUAAUUUCUGCGCGUCAGCUCCCACGUGCGCAACUCGCCGCAAGCGCCGUGCCGCAAGAAAGAACAGUAUGCACGCGAAUGCGGCGCAUUCCAUGCACGCGCAAAUUCGCGUGCCGCCGCAUAGUAAUAUCUACGUUUGUUCAUCGCGCCGUAAACACAGAAAUGAAAGGCCAAUCUUCGCGGUGAUAAUGAGUAAAUACGGGGAGAGCCCGAUUGCACGUGAACAAUUUUAAACGCGAACUGCCGCCGGUGCGUGCCUCCGGUUACGCAUCUCUCUUCCCCCGCGUUCCCUCCCGAAAUUCCCGCCUCCCCUCCUCGAAUAAACUCCAUUUAUCGCGCGUGCAUUAAUUCAUAAAUAAUAAUAUAAAACAGACGUACACGAGAAAAAAAAAAAAAAGACGUGAAAACACUCACAAAGAGUUGGACAAUACUCUCGCAUAGAGUAAGACGGUAUAACGUUUUUAUACAAACGCAAUUUCUCUGCUCGUGCGCUAAGAUCUCUUCUUAAACAUCCAGCUGUGCAAGCCACGAUUUCUCUAAUAAUAAGUAAAAAAUCGAGCGAGCGAUAUAGGAACACAUUAGCUGCAGGAUUCCCCGGUUCAGAUUCGGUAUAUAAGAAGAGAAGAAACGGGACGACCGGCUUCGACGAGAUUUUCCCCGCGGAAGAAUUGACUCCCUAAUUCGCCAAAGGCUCCCACCUCGUUAAAAUUACAGUCAAAAGUUCAGACGUGCAUUCUGUAAGAGAGAUUGAGAGAGAGAGAGAGAGAGAGAGAGAGAGAGAGAGAGAGAUGCACCGUUCUCUGUCUAGUCUAUCUUUCAAACGCGAAUCUCCGCGCUAAAUGUAUACAGGAAACACGCGGCGGAUAAUCUUAAUUACAGCGGUAUUACUUAUGGUCUCCUUCUCUCUUUCUUUCCCCCUUCUCUCUCUCUCUCUCUCUCUCUCUCUCUCUCUCUCUCUCUCUCUCUCUCUCUCUCUCUCUCUCUCUCUCUUGUAUUACGUUAAAACCCGAUCGUCCGCGAUAAUUAGUGGCUGAUCUUCGCCAGGAGAAUCCCUUGAAAGCCGCCGUAGGCGGGAGAGCGCGCAGUGGAGGUAAAAUAUCGGGCCGGGCUAAUCCCCACGACACGGAAAUCCAGCCGGCGUAUUGUAAAAUCUUUCAUGGAACAAUACCGCACGGCGACAUGAGAGAGCCGCUUUUCAUUUCCUGAUAAAUUUAUAUAUAUAAAAAAUAUAUAUAAAUAUAUAUAUAUAUAUAUAUAUAUACAUAGGAAGGAGGACCGAGCCGUUGCCGUCUCGCAGUUAGAUGCAUUAAGGAUAAAUGUUUUGUAAACUAAAACGGGAACGCUUUCGCGACGAGAGCUUCUGAGACGCGGGUAGAGGAGAAGAGGAGUGGGUAUGCUCGAAAUAGCAGCGAACCGAACAGCACGGAUGGCUACAAAUUUCGUAUGCCCGGAUAAAUGUAUCUGUACGUUUUUAUACAUUUGAUUCGGCGCGGUUGAAUCAGGAUUCGUUUCUGCCGGGAAAAAUGCGAAUAAUUUAAAGUGCGAUCUUUAUCCGCUUAAUCCCAAUUUAGCAAGAAAUUAUUUUGCUUCGCGGAGCUCUGCAUUUUUUAUGCCACCUACAUAUUAAGGGGAUCGUUUCGUGCUCUCGAUGAAACGCCUAAUUGUGUCAAUUGCGAGUGCUUUUGUUUUAUUGUAACAUUCGUAUUAUUGUGUACUCUUUACAGUUGCUUUAUUAAUAUAAUGGUGUUUUACCACAAACAAGUAGCCAUCCGAUAACAAAUAACACGCGCGAACGCGCAUACUCUCUCGUCCUCACCCCUUUCGCGCGUUAAUCGCAGUCCACGUGACAAUGACAAAUCAAUGACAGAUCAAUGGGAGGAGUAAGAGGAGUGCCACGAUGAUGAUUCUGUACAAGUCACUGUGCAUUCUAGCCCCUAAGGAUAGCCGAUAGGACUAGCGGUUAAGCCAAAGCAUGUAGCGAUGUAUAACACAUAAGUUUAUAUUACAUAAUAAAAUGUGUCGAGAAAAUAA